UCUUCUUCUUCACCUCUUCUUCUUCCCCUGCCUGCUCUGCUCUUGCGCGACGGACGGCCAGAUUUUUAAAAAAAAUAUAUGGCCGAACCGCCGGUUCAAACCGUAAACCGGCGGUUUGAACCAACGGUUCACGGUUUGGAGAAACUACAAACCGAAACCGAACCGUCGGAACUACGGUUUCGGUUCGGUUUGCAUCCGGUUUGGUUCAAACCGUAACCGCCGGUUCAUAAACCAUCAAACCGGCGGUUCGAACCGACGGUUCGAAACCGAAUGGGCAAGUCUACCUAUCGCCCAUCUUCUACCCAUAUUUCUCCCUUUUCCUUCUGUCUUUAACCCUGCACAGAACAGAUCCUGUGGAAGUGACCGGCAGUAAGAAAACCGGUUCCAUUUUUUAUGAACCGGAAUCGCGGUUUGAAUAUAGUUAUCUUAUCUUAUCUGACCGGCGGUUGGAAACGGGUUGGGUUGGGCAAGUUCGUUGCACAUUCUCUUUUGCAGUCUGGCUUUGCUUCCAUAUAUGGGUACAUCAAUGGCGAAGACCCCUAGAAAGCUUGUUUCAUGUGUACUCCUUGAUUUGGAUGGAACUAUUCUUAAUACAGAUGGCAUUGUGAGUGAUGUUGUCAGAGGCUACUUGGUUAAGUAUAAAAAGCAAUGGGACGGGAAAAUAGCGCAUAAUAUUGUGGGAAAGACACCUUAUGAAGCUGCAACUACUCUUGUUGAAGAGUACGAGCUUCCCGUAACUACAGAUGAACUGCUAUCAGAUAUUACUCCUAUACUCUCCACCAAAUGGUGCGAUAUCAAAGCUCAACCAGGGGCGAACAGAUUAAUUAACCAUUUAAGGGGUCAUGACGUGACUUUAGCGUUGGUUUCAAAUUCUUCUAAGGCAAAUAUUGAGACAAAGAUAUCUUUUCAUCAUGGUUGGAGAGAAUCUUUCUCUGUUAUUAUAGGUGGCGAUGAAGUUGCCCAUCCAAAGCCAUCACCUGAGAUAUAUAUUGAAGCUGCUAAGAGGCUUGAGGUGAAUCCUUCCAACUGUCUUGUCAUUGAAGAUUCAUUACCAGGUGUAAGUGCUGGUAAGGCCGCAGGAAUGGAAGUGGUUGCCGUCCCAUCAGUGCCUAAACAGUCCCACCUAUUCACCGAUGCAGAUGAGGUGAUCAAUUCACUGCUAGAUUUGCGGUUAGAAAAUUGGGGUUUACCACCAUUUGAAGACUGGAUCGAAGGUACCUUACCUAUAGAACCUUGGUACAUUGGUGGUCCGGUCAUUAAAGGUUUUGGUAGAGGAUCGAAGGUCCUUGGAAUCCCCACAGCUAACUUGUCCACGGAGGAUUAUUCAGAUCUUGUUUCGGAGCAUCCCUCCGGCGUGUAUUUUGGAUGGGCCGGAUUAGCAACUAAAGGUGUUUAUAAAAUGGUAAUGAGCAUCGGUUGGAACCCUUACUUCAACAACACCGAGAAGACAAUCGAGCCAUGGUUGCUUCAUGAUUUUAAAGAGGAUUUCUACGGCAAAGAUUUGCGUCUUGCUAUAGUAGGCUAUAUACGCCCCGAGACUAACUUCCCGUCCCUCGAAAGCUUAGUGGCGAAGAUCCACCAAGAUCGAGAUGUCGCGGAGAAAGCGCUCGAACAUCCGGUAUAUAGCAAGUAUAGGGAUGACCCGUAUUUGAAAGGUACUUCCUAAGCUUGGCUAUUUACAUUGUUCGAUAUGAGAGUGAUUUUCAAAAUUGUUAUGUACAUGUUUCAUGGAGAUUAUGAUUGUCAACUCAGUAUCUUUAAAAAUGUAUUUUUGGUUCUACUUCAAAAUCAGAUUAAUACUCCCCAUCUCUUGUAAUUAAGUAUUCAUUUAUUUUUUGCGUUGA